UCUUAUCUGUUUUAAUUUAUAGCUACAAUGGGUGGUUUAUUUGACUUGGAAAGUCAUCUCGUGUUUUAUCGCUCGUAUCAUUUCAAUCAUACAAAUGUAACUAUUCAUUUGAUUUGUAUCCCAAUUAUUUUAUUGUCAGCGAUAGCGUUACUUCUUCCCUAUCAGCUUGGAAAUGUACUGCCAUACUUGAACUUGGGGGUACUCUUGGCAAUUGGGUACUCCACGUUUUAUACUUUACUUGACUUCAAAUUGGGCUCUAUUACAGUGCCAAUCUUAGUGGGUGCUCUGUAUUUCUUAUCCCAGACUUAUAUAUGGGCUGGAACUUCAGGUGUGGAGUUCACUAAAGAUCAAUUCACAAAGUAUGCUCUUGUGGCACAUACAUCUGCUUGGUUGGCACAAUUCUAUGGACAUGGGGUCCAUGAAAAAAGAGCACCAGCAUUGUUGGACAAUCUUUUACAGGCCAUUGUAUUGGCGCCUUUCUUUGUGGUAUUUGAAGUGGCAUUUGCUCUCGGUUUCAGAAGAACUUUAAAGAAGAAUAUGGAUAAUAGAGCUGGUAAAAUAGUUCGUGAUUUGAAGUUUAAAGAAGCUGAAAAGAGAAGAGCAAAGCAAAUAUGAAUCUGAAUUUAUAUAUGAGUUUAUGAAAUUUAUUGAAUGAAGAAAUGAAAUUAAA